UCAUCUUCAAAGUUCGUUUAUUUCCGAACACCUUUCCUUCUUCUCCCACAAACUCCGCAGUGAGUGCGAGAGUAGAGCAACAGUAGGGGAGAGAAAAAAGCACAAGGACAGAAGAAAAAUGGCAGCUUCACUACAGGCAGCAGCUACUCUCAUGCAGCCCACCAAGGUGGGGAGGAGCAGCUUGCAACUCAGGUCAUCACAGAACGUAUCCAAGGCGUUUGGGCUGGAAUGCGGUGGUGUUGGCGGCUCUAGGGUCACCUGCUCUCUCCAGGCUGAUCUCAAGGACUUGGCCCAGAAGUGCGUCAACGCCACCAAGAUCGCCAGCUUCGCCCUCGCUACUUCGGCCCUCGUGGUCUCGGGAGCCAGUGCAGAGGGAGCCCCCAAGAGACUGACCUAUGAUGAGAUCCAGAGUAAGACCUACAUGGAAGUCAAGGGGACCGGUACGGCCAACCAGUGCCCCAUCAUCGACGGCGGGGUUGAAUCAUUCGCCUUCAAGCCCGGCAAGUACAAUGCCAAGAAGUUGUGCCUCGAGCCAACCUCCUUCACCGUGAAGGCCGAGGGCGUGAACAAAAACUCUCCCCCAGAGUUCCAGAACACCAAGCUCAUGACCCGCCUCACCUACACCCUCGACGAGAUCGAGGGCCCCUUUGAGGUCUCCCCCGACGGCACCAUCAAGUUUGUGGAGAAGGACGGGAUCGACUAUGCUGCCGUCACCGUGCAGCUCCCAGGGGGCGAGCGCGUGCCCUUCCUCUUCACGAUCAAGCAGCUCGUGGCCUCUGGGAAACCCGAGAGCUUCAGCGGGGAGUUCCUUGUGCCCUCCUACCGUGGCUCGUCGUUCCUUGACCCCAAGGGCCGUGGUGGUUCCACCGGGUACGACAAUGCUGUGGCUCUGCCCGCCGGAGGGAGAGGAGACGAGGAGGACUUGACCAAGGAGAACAUCAAGAACGUCUCGUCUUCGACCGGGAAGAUCACGCUGAGCGUGACCAAGAGCAAGCCCGAGACAGGGGAGGUGAUUGGCGUGUUUGAGAGUGUCCAGCCAUCGGAUACCGAUUUGGGAGCUAAGGUUCCUAAGGAAGUGAAGAUCCAGGGCAUCUGGUAUGCUCAGCUCGAGCCAUAGAACGGCUUUGAUUGUCAUCCUUUGAAUGAAUGUAUCUUUUAUGGGUUCAGAUUUUGCUAAGAAGUCGCGAGCUGCAGAGACUAUCAUCUUGUUUGUAUAUUAACUUUUUUUUUUCCCAUUAAGAACAUCAUUCUAAAUUUCAA